GAUCCAUGCCUCGCAAGAAGCACCGUCCAUACAUCGCACUCCACCAUCGCAACUCAAAGCCAGGAUUUCACUUCGCUCUCAUGCUCUCACCCAAGCAAGAAACUCGCAAUACGUCCAUCCAUGACUGCCACAUAUACCACACCGUCAACACAAUCCAAUCAGGCGUUAAAUUCAAUCUCAACGGCAUGCCAGAAUGGCGAUACGAACAUAAAGCUGCCAAUGGUCUUCGAGAAGGCAUGGUCAUAGGAAGAGUACUCAUCGCAAAGCUGCCUGCACACGAACCGUUGGUCACGCAGGCAGAGCGCAUAAAUGAUAUCCUUGCGCAAGUCCCGCUCGUGCAGAAUGAUGCACAGUGGAAUUGCCUAGUGUGGCUUAUCGAAGCAUUAGCUGCGCUGCGAGCCAAAGGGGGCGACUUUAGCACGAUUCCAGAGGUCAGCAAAAUAAAGGCGUUCGGCGACAUGGCCAAGGAUAGCGUUUUGAAGAGGUCAGGCUCGCUGCCUGACUGCGCUAGCGAUCUGCCGCACAUCGACAUGAGAGUUCGU